AUGGCGCGAUCGGUCCCGCCGCCCAACCCGUUCCUCGACCGUCUGCUCGUCGGUCUGCUCGUGUGCGAGUUGGGGAUCAUCGCGCACACGCUGUACGACGACGAGCACAUGCUCUCCAUCCUCGUGGUCCUCGUCGCCCUCAUGGCGCUCGUCGUGAAAGCGAUCAAGACGGUGUUCGCCAUGGGCGGCGGCUGGUUCUCCCGCACCUUCUUGCAGCACUUGGGCGACCCCCUGAAGAAGACAGUGACCAUGAAGAAGUGGUGCGACCAGUCGUGGCAGCUCGCGAUUCACGUGUCCAUGACGCUCUUUGAGCUGUACGUGCUGCGCGGCGAGACGUGGUGGCAGGACACGACGACACUGUGGAACCAGGGCACGGAGGAGGGCGUCUUCCCGUCGCACAAGUUUACCACGAAGCUGCUCUACGUGACGCAAUUGGCCAUCUGGAUCUUCACCGCGUUCUCGUGCAAGUUUCUUGAAGAGAUCCGCAAGGACUAUCUCGUCAUGAUGACGCACCACGUGAUCACGAUUGCCCUCGUCACGUGGUCGUACGCGGUGGGCUUUUUGCCCGUGGGCGUCGUGGUGCUGCUGUUUCAUGACAUGACUGACAUUCCUCUCGACAUGCUCAAGAUGGCCAACUACCUCAAGAUGGAAGGCGUCCGUGGUCUGUUCACGAGCGAGAUCUUGUUUGCGAUUACGAUCGUGCUGUGGUUUUACUACCGUAUCUACCAGUACCCGACAAAGCUGCUGUACACGACCAUGGUGGAAUGCCGAGAGGCGUCCAUGACACUGGCGGAUGCGCACGACUUCACGCAGCUCUUUCCUCACCCCGGACCUCCAUCGUGGCUGCUCUUCAACGUUCUGCUCACGACACUUUAUUUCUUGCACAUUUGGUGGGGUCUCCUGCUGGCGCGAAUACUUGUUGGCGUGGCAACGAAGGGCACUCAUGACACGGCCAAGGAGGAGUACGAAGGCGCGUCAUCUGACUCUGAAAACGAGGUCAAGGACGACUAG